AUGGCCGACAAGAUGUCUUAUCUCCUCUUCGGAGAUCAGUCACUUGAUACCCAUGGAUUUCUCGCCGAGUUCUGCCGUUCAGGAAAUCCGAGCACCCUAGCGAAGACGUUCCUCGAGCAGGCUGGCCAGGCUUUGAGGGAGGAGAUCGAUGGUUUGGGGAAGUUGGAACGGUCGAAGCUCCCCACGUUCCUGACCCUCCGACAGCUCAACGAACGAUACCACGCCCAGAGCAUCAAGCACCCCGGUAUCGACAGUGCCCUGCUUUGCAUCACCCAGCUGGCUCACUACAUUGACCGCACUGAGAAGGAGCCUCAAGAUGUCUGCCUUCACGACCAAACAUUCUUCAUGGGUCUCUGCACGGGGCUGUUUGCCGCCGCUGCUAUCGCCUCGACCCCCUCAGUCUCUACCUUGAUACCCCUUGCCGUUCAGGUAGUCCUCAUGGCCUUCAGAACUGGCACUCACGUCGGUUCGUUGGCUGAGAGACUCAGCCCGCCGGUCGGCCAAUCUGAACCUUGGACCCACAUCCUUCCUGGUCUGAAGGAACCUGAAGCCAAAGAGGCUCUCUUUAAUUUCCAUGAAUCUAAUUACAUCCCCGUCGCCAGCCAAGCAUACGUUAGCGCUGUGUCGGCAUCAAGUCUUGCGAUCUCCGGACCGCCAGCAACCCUGAAGGCCCUGGAUGACCAGAACGUCUUCGGCGUCAAGUCGACGGCGAUUCCCGUCUACGGACCUUACCAUGCGGCUCACCUCCACGGCACUGCCGACAUCGAGAAGAUCCUUCGCCUUGACGACCCCAAGGUGACCGAGGUCUUGGAGAAGAGCAAGCCCCGGUCUGCCAUUAUGUCUGGCACCAAGGGUAUCUGGUUCGCUGAGACUAGCACCAAGUCUCUGCUCCAGGCUGUAGCUCACGAGUGCCUCGUCGACGUCCUUCAGUUCCAGAAGGGCAUCGACGGCUGCAUCGAGACUGCCCGUGACUUUGAGGGAUCAACAUGCCUCGUUAUCCCCUUCGGCCCUACACACAACGCCGAGACCCUCCAGAAGACGAUCAAGGACCGCACACAGCUUGACGUUAUCGUCCGCCCUGGUCCCAAGAUCCAGAGGGAGAGCUACAACUCCAAGAUUGGUAACCACGGUCCAGCCGGCAAGUGCAAGCUCGCCAUCGUCGGUAUGGCAGGUCGCUUCCCCGACGCUGCCAGCCACGAGAAGCUUUGGGAGCUCCUGGCCAAGGGUCUGGAUGUUCACAGAGUCGUUCCUGCCGACCGUUUCCCCGUCGCCACUCACUACGACAUCACUGGCAAGGCUGUCAACACGAGUCACUCCCAGUACGGAUGCUGGAUUGAGAACCCGGGUUACUUCGACCCCAGAUUCUUCAACAUGUCUCCCCGUGAGGCUUUCCAGACCGAUCCCAUGCAGCGUAUGGCGUUGACGACUGCCUACGAGGCCCUCGAGAUGUGCGGUUAUGUCCCUAACCGCACUCCCUCUACGAGACUGGAUCGUAUCGGUACCUUCUACGGUCAGACUUCCGACGAUUGGCGUGAAAUCAACGCCGCCCAGGAGGUCGAUACCUACUACAUCACCGGUGGUGUCCGCGCUUUCGGUCCUGGUCGCAUCAACUACCACUUUGGCUUCAGUGGCCCUAGUCUGAACAUUGACACGGCCUGCUCUUCCAGUGCUGCUGCCCUGAACGUUGCUUGCAACUCUCUGUGGCAGAAGGACUGCGACACUGCUAUCGUUGGUGGUCUGUCCUGCAUGACAAACCCCGACAUUUUCGCCGGUCUGAGUCGUGGUCAGUUCUUGUCCAAGACUGGACCUUGCGCUACCUUCGACAACGGUGCCGAUGGAUACUGCCGUGCUGACGGCUGUGCCUCUGUCAUCGUCAAGCGUCUGGAGGAUGCCAUCGCGGACAAGGACAAUGUUCUCGCGGUGGUCUUGGGCACGGCUACCAACCACUCCGCUGAUGCCAUUUCCAUCACUCAUCCCCACGGUCCUACCCAGUCCAUCCUGUCGAGCGCUAUUCUCGACGAUGCGGGUGUUGACCCUCUCGACGUCGACUACGUCGAGAUGCACGGUACCGGUACCCAGGCUGGUGACGGUACUGAGAUGGUUUCCGUUACGAACGUCUUCGCUCCUGCCGAUCGCAAGAGACCCGCGGACAGACCUUUGUACCUCGGUGCCAUCAAGUCCAACGUCGGUCACGGAGAGGCUGCUUCGGGUGUGACUGCCCUUUGCAAGGUUCUCAUGAUGAUGCAGAAGAAUGCUAUCCCGCCCCACGUCGGUAUUAAGAAGGAGAUCAACAAGACCUUCCCCAAGGAUUUGUCAGAGCGCAAUGUCAACAUUGCAUUCCACCUUACCCCCUUCAAGAGGAGAGACGGCAAGCCUAGACGUAUCUUCGUCAACAACUUCAGUGCCGCUGGUGGCAACACCGGUCUGCUCCUUGAGGACGCUCCCCACCUCAAGGCCGCUGAGGUUGAUGCUCGCAAUGUCCAGGUCAUCACCGUCACUGGCAAGUCCAAGGCUGCCAUGAUCCGCAACGCCGAGAGACUCGUUGCUUGGAUGGAGCAGAACCCCCAGACUCCUCUGUCCCACGUCGCCUACACCACGACUGCUCGCCGCAUCCAGCACUACUGGCGUAUGAACGUCGCCGCUUCUGACUUGCCGGAGGCUCAGCGCCUCAUCAAGGACAGACUCAAGGAGAACUUCAGCCCCAUCUCCACUCAGCAGCCCAAGGUUGCGUUCAUGUUCACUGGCCAAGGUUCCCACUACGCUGGCCUUGGCAAGGACCUGUACGCUCACUACCGCGUCUUCCGUGACAGCAUUGAUGAGUUCAACCAGCUGGCACAGAUCCACGGCUUCCCCAACUUCCUGCCUCUCAUCGACGGCAGCGAGUCUGAUGUCACUAGGCUGUCUCCUGUUGUUGUUCAGCUGGGACUGUGCUGCUUCGAGAUGGCUCUCGCUCGUCUCUGGGCCUCUUGGGGCAUCAAGCCCUCGGCUGUUAUGGGUCACUCUCUUGGAGAGUACGCCGCUCUCAACGCCGCUGGUGUCCUUUCUGCCAGCGACACUAUUUACCUUGUUGGAGCUCGCGCUCAGCUCCUUGUUGAGAAGUGCACCGCAGGCACUCACGCUAUGCUGGCUGUCACUGGCCCUGUCGACGCUGUCAUGGAGGCUCUCGGCUCUCAGUCCGAGGCUGUCAACGUGGCUUGCAUCAACGGCCCCCGCGAGACUGUUCUCAGCGGCGCUUCCACCAAGGUCAGCGAGAUCUCCUCGACCCUCGGUGCCGCCGGAUUCAAGUGCACUCAGCUCAAGGUGCCCUUCGCUUUCCACUCUGCCCAGGUUGACGCUAUCCUGGACGACUUCGAGACGCUCGCUCGCUCUGUGAGCUUCGAGGUCCCCCAGGUUCCUGUCAUCUCUCCUCUCCUCGGAAAGAUGGUUGAGAACGAGCCUAUUAAUGCUGCCUACCUCCGCAACCACGCUCGCGACGCGGUCAACUUCCUUGGCGGCCUUGUUCACGCUCAGCAGUCCGGCUCCAUUGACGAGAAGACUGUCUUCCUUGAGAUUGGACCUCACCCCGUGUGUGCCAACUUCGUCAAGUCCUCGUUCGGCAUCAGCUCCAUUGCCGUUCCCACUCUCCGCCGCAACGAGUCUACCUACAAGGUUCUUAGCAACACUCUGUGCACCCUCCACACUGCCGGCAUCAACCUUGACUGGGACGAGUUUCACCGCGACUUCAGCGACUGCACCCGCCUCCUGGACCUUCCCACCUACUCCUUCGACGAGAAGAACUACUGGCUUCAGUACACUGGCGACUGGUGUCUUACCAAGAACCGUGGCCCUGCCGCCGUUAAGGCUCCUCUCCAGAUUGAGCCGGCGAAGCCCAAGCUCUCUACUACCUCCGUGCACGCGAUUACCAACGAGGAUGUCAAGGGUGACAUCGCUAUCAUCGAGACCGAGACUAACCUGUCUCGUCCUGACACUCGUCCUCUUGUUGAGGGUCACUUGUGCAACGGUGCGCCUCUGUGCCCGUCGACCCUAUACGCCGACAUGGCGAUGACCAUCUGCGACUACGCCUACAAGAUGCUUCGCCCCGGCACUGAGGACAUUGGCUUGAACGUCGCCAACGUCGAGGUUCCCAAGACUCUCAUCUUCGAUGAGAAGAUUGAUGCCCACAUCCUCCGCACCACGGUCACUGCCAACGCCGCUCUUGGCUACGCCGACGUCAGCUUCCACACUGGCGAGGGCUCCAAGAAGGUCGAGCACGCACACUGCAAGGUCGUGUACGGCAGCACCGAGCAGUGGGCUGAUGAGUUUGAGCGCGUCACGUACCUCAUUAAGGGCCGUGUUGAUGCUCUUGAGGAGGCUGAGAGACAGGGCAAGGCUUCCAAGAUUGGCCGCGGCCUGGCUUACAAGCUCUUCAACGCCCUCGUCGACUACGACCCCAAGUACCAGGGCAUGGAGGAAGUCAUCUUGGACAGCAAGUCUUGUGAGGCUACUGCAAAGGUUACCUUCCAGACCACCGACAAGGAUGGCAGCUUCUUCUUCAACCCUUACUGGAUUGACAGCUGUUGCCACAUUUCUGGCUUCAUCAUCAACGGUACUGAUGCUGUUGACUCUCGUGAGCAGGUCUUCAUUUCUCACGGAUGGGGAUCUCUCAGGUUCACUGAGAAGCUCGACCCCAAGAAGUCAUACCGCUCUUACAUCCGCAUGCAGCCUGUCAAGGGUACUAAGAUGAUGGCUGGUGACGCGUACGUCUUUGACGGCGACCGCAUCAUCGGUGUUGCCGGCGAUGUUAGGUUCGCCUCCAUCCCUCGCAAGGUCCUCAACAUGGUCCUGCCGCCCCGCGGACGUGCCCUUGCUGGCGCUGCUCCCGCUCCUGCCGCUGCCGCGGCCAAGGCCGCCCCCGCCAAGGCUGCUCCCAAGGACAAGGCUGGUAAGGAGAAGGGCACCAAGCAAGUCACCGCCAGCAACCUCAAGACUGUCAAUGCCAAGCUUGCUAAGCGGUCUGUCGUUCAAGAGGUCUUUGACAUCUUGGCCAAGGAAGUCGGUGUCACCCAUGACGAGCUUGCAGACAACAUUGCCUUCACCGAUCUUGGCUGCGACUCUCUCAUGGCCCUGACCGUUUCUGGCAGAAUGCGUGAGGAGCUUGACAUCGACAUCGACUCUCAUGCUUUCGUCGAGUACCCUACCAUCGGUGCCUUCAAGGCUUUCCUCGCUCAGUUCGAGACUGCCGACCGCAAGGACAGCUACGUCCAGGACUCUGGUGACUCCAGCGGCUCCGUUUCUGAGACUCCUGAGCUCGAGUCCGACUCUAACGUGACCACUCCCUACGAGGAGAGUGACCGUUCGGUCAAGGGCGAGGGUGACGAUGAGGCUUCUGGUGACCUGCAGAACAUCCUCCGCGACACUAUUGCCACUGAGAUGGGUGUUGAGGUUGAUGAGAUUGUUGCCGCUCCUGAUCUGGCUGCUCUGGGUAUGGACUCUCUGAUGAGUUUGUCCAUCUUGGGCACGCUUCGUGAGAAGUCUGGCAUGGAUAUCCCCAACGACCUCUUCGUCACCAACCCCUCUUUGCUUGAGGUUGAGAAGGCUCUUGGCAUUGGCCCAAAGCCCAAGCCCAAGGCUGCACCUCCCAAGCCCGCUCCGGUUCGUCGUGAGCCCAAGGUCCAGCCUACCAAGGAGAUUAACACUCACCCUGGUAACACCACCGCUUCCAUCGCCAAGCCUCCCCCACCCAAGGAGAUUGUCGACAACUACCCUCACCGCAAGGCCACAUCAAUCCUCCUCCAGGGUAGCACUCGUACUGCCACCAAGAACCUCUGGAUGGUUCCUGACGGCUCGGGUUGCGCCACCUCCUACACCGAGAUCAGCCAGGUCUCCUCCGACUGGGCUGUCUGGGGUCUCUUCUCUCCCUUCAUGAAGACUCCUGAGGAAUACAAGUGCGGUGUCUACGGCAUGGCUUCCAAGUUCAUCGAGGCUAUGAAGGCUAGACAGGCCAAAGGCCCCUACUCCCUGGCAGGUUGGUCUGCGGGUGGUGUCAUCGCCUACGAAAUUGUCAACCAGCUCACCAAGGCUGGUGAGACUGUCGACAACCUCGUCAUCAUCGACGCCCCUUGCCCCAUCACCAUCGAGCCCCUCCCCAAGUCUCUCCACGCCUGGUUUGCCUCCAUCGGCCUUCUCGGCGAGGGUGACGACGAGGCUGCCAAGAAGAUUCCUUCUUGGCUCCUCCCCCACUUCGCUGCCAGUGUUACCGCCCUGAGCAACUACACUGCGGAGCCUAUCCCAAAGGAUAAGUGCCCCAACGUCAUGGCCAUCUGGUGCGAGGAUGGUGUAUGCCACCUUCCCACCGACCCUCGCCCGGAUCCUUACCCGACGGGCCAUGCUCUCUUCCUCCUGGACAACAGGACCGACUUCGGUCCCAACCGCUGGGACGAGUACCUGGACAUUAAUAGGUUCAGGACUAGGCACAUGCCUGGCAACCACUUUUCCAUGAUGCAUGGCGACUACGCCAAGAUGCUUGGACAGUUCAUUCGUGAAGCGGUUUGCGAGUAA